UGCCGUUCCACUCGCUACAGAAAUCCCUUUUGCUAAUCGCGCGCCAAAUAACGGAUACAAACCCCGAAGUAAAAUCCAAAGAGGCGGCAAAUAAAUGAAUGAACCGUCUCCUAAACUCCGGCGACUGUGGCUUUUACGGCCGCCUCCUCCACCACUUGACCGAACGCUGUCUCCCUCUUCAAGCCAAGCAGCUCCACGCUCGCCUCAUCCUCUCCUCGAUUACUCCCGGUAACUACCUAGCUUCCAAAUUAAUCGCUCUCUACUCAAAAACUAACCACCUAACCUAUGCCCGUCACGUGUUCGAUCUAAUUCCCCAGAAGAACACCUUCUCUUAUAAUGCCAUGAUCGUAGCUUACUCCCUCCACAGCCUCCAUUUACAAGCACUCAACCUUUUCUCCUCGUUAACCUCUUCCCUGAGUGCCUCUCCGGACAAUGUAUCCGUUACCUGUCUGUUAAAGUCACUGUCCAGUCAUUCUAUGUUAAGUGAUGUUAAUUUGGGUAAGGAGGUUCAUGCUUAUGCUCUUACACGUGGGUUUCAUGCUGAUGUCUUCGUGGAGAAUGCUUUGAUCACUUUUUAUUCGAAAUGUGAUGAUUUGGUUUUAGCUAGGAAGGUGUUUGAUGGAAUGAUUAACAGAGAUGUGGUCUCUUGGAAUUCCAUGAUUUCUGGGUAUUCUCAGGGGGGGCUUUAUGAAGACUGUAAAAUCUUGUAUAGGGAAAUGGUUGAUUUUUCGGGUUUUACGCCUAAUGGGGUUACUUUCCUUAGUGUUUUGCAAGCGUGUGGGCAUAGUCAAGACCUUGUUUUUGGAAUAGAAGUUCAUAAAUUUAUGGUUGAUAAUGAGAUGGAAAUGGAUGUUUCUGUUUGUAAUGCUUUGAUUGCAGUGUACUCCAAAUGUGGGAGUUUGGAAUAUGCCAAAGAAUUGUUUCACGAGAUGAGCGAAAAGGAUGAAGUUACUUAUGGUGCUAUCAUAUCCGGCUUCAUGCUUCAUGGUUAUGUAGAUCAAAGUUUGGAGCUUUUUAGAGGAUCAAAGACUCAAGUGCUAAGCACAUGGAAUGCUGUGAUUUCGGGUUUGGUACAAAACAACAGGCAUGACGGGGUUUUAGAUUUGGUUAGAGAAAUGCAGGGUCUUGGCUUUAGGCCUAAUGCUGUGACGCUUUCAUCUAUACUUCCUACAUUGGCGUAUUUCUCAAGUUUGAAAGGAGGGAAGGAAAUACAUUCUUAUGCUUUGAAAAAUGGUUAUGACAGGAAUAUCUAUGUUGCCACUGCAAUCAUUGACAUGUAUGCAAAAUCUGGAUAUUUUUGUGGGGCACAAAGAGUAUUUGAUCAAUCGAAGGAUAGAAGUGUGGUUAUCUGGACCGCAAUAAUAUCAGCAAAUGCUUUCCAUGGGGAUGCUAAUUUGGCUCUCCGUCUUUUUUAUGAGAUGUUGAACAGUGGGAUCAAGCCAGAUCCAGUCACAUUCAUUGCAGUGCUGACAGCUUGUGCUCAUUGUGGAAUGGUGGAUAAAGCUUGCGAGAUAUUUGAUGCCAUGUUGAACAAAUACGGCGUUCAACCCUUGGCCGAGCAUUAUGCUUGUGUGGUUGGCGCUCUGAGCAAGGCAGGGAGGGUGUAUGAAGCUAAACAGUUUGUCUCUAAAAUGCCAUUUGAACCAACUGCAAAAGUUUGGGGUGCGCUGCUCCAUGGAGCUUCUAUUUCGGGAGACGUUGAGCUUAGCAAGUUGAUAUGUGAUCAUUUAUUUAAAAUAGAACCUGAAAAUACUGGGAAUUAUGUAAUAAUGGCUAAUUUAUAUUCCCAGGCAGGGAGAUGGAAAGAAGCUGAUGAGAUCAGAGAAAGGAUGAUCAAAGAUGGAUUACAGAAGCUCCCAGGCAGUAGCUGGAUAGAAACUAAAGAAGGACUGAGGAGCUUUAUUGCAACAGACACAUCUAGAGAAAAUGCUGAAGAGAUAUAUGUCUUGUUGGAAGAGUUGCUUGGGUUGAUGAGAGGUGAGGGGAAGAUUUUGCAUGACAAGGUUGAUGAGGAGAGUGUUUAUGGCUAGAAGAAUCACAAAAAGGCCCUGGCAGUUCAAUGUUCUUGAUGCCGCAAGUUGCAACUUUUAUUUCUCCAAAGAAGAUUGCAUUAUGAUCAGAUACUGAUCAAUAUUCGGGUCAUACCACAAAGUAAUUGGCAUUACAUUGAAUAGAAGUGAGCUAUACAAUGUGGAACACCUUCUUCCAUAUGAUAAAAUACUUUGGUUUGGCUGCUAUCAAGGGUAAAGCAUUAUCAGGUUUUCCCAUAUGAAGCUUACGGAACCCUCACACGGGAAUUGGAGAACGGCAAUUUAUUCUCAUUUAUUAUGCAAAUUUGCACUAUAUUUUAUUGGAGAUAAAAGCGGUGGAUGCAAUAGUCAAGAACUCAAGGGUGAUAAUAUGCUGUGGUAACUGGGCAGGGGCAAAGCUAACUUUUUACACGGUCGAUUGCUAACUUUCAUGAUUUUUGUUUGUUUUCUGAUCAUCAAUAAUGGAAUUGGAGGAGACAAAGAGAAAGGAGUCAAAGAUGGGUGAAUUAUUAUUA